UUGUAGGAUAGCGUAGCUGUGCAGGCUUGUUCGUCGUGUGUGGCCGAGUGCAUUGCGGUUGCCGCCGCUUCGCUAACUUUUCCCAAAGUUCAUGCCUACUGGACCAGCCAGUGGACUUUCGCAGCAACUGUCGGUCAACGAGGGCCAUGUUCCGGUGCUCCGGCACUCGUGUGCGCCCCUGCUGGCUGCUGGCGUGAAGCCUUCACGUCGCGGAAAACUGCGAGGAAUGCCAGGCGCGCUGGUUUCGCUCUAGCGACUCGGGCGUUAAACUCCGAGGCAUGGAGGAGUUGGAGGAACACAUUCCCGAAGAGGACCUGGCUCCAGACGCCUUCUAUGGGGAACUGGGUGACGAGGGGCAGCCGCUGGAGCGAUGGCUUAACGACGACGAAGGUCCGCUGGUCUUCUACCGUGUCAACUCGCAGGACAUCAUAUACAAGGCGAAGAAGAAGCGCCCCAAGAUGGUGGGCCGCUACCUGAUGGGGGAUGUGCUGGGGGAGGGCUCGUACGGCAAGGUCAAGGAGGUGCUCGACUCGGAGACACUCUGCCGGCGAGCUGUCAAGAUCCUCAAGCGGCGCAAACUGCGCAAGAUCCCCAAUGGCGAGCAGAACGUGCAAAGGGAGAUCCAGCUCCUCCGUCAGCUGAGCCACCGCAAUGUCAUCCGCCUGGUGGAGGUGCUGCACAGCGAGCAGAAGCAGAAGAUGUACAUGGUCAUGGAGUACUGCGUGGCUGUCCUCCAGGAACUGCUCGACAGCGCCAAGGAACAUCGGCUGCCCCUGUGGCAGGCGCACGGCUACUUCUGCCAGCUGCUGGAUGGCCUGGAGUACCUGCACAGUCAGGGCAUUGUCCACAAGGACAUCAAGCCGGGCAACCUGCUGCUCACAAACUGCGAGACGCUCAAGAUCUCCGACCUGGGCGUCGCUGAGGCACUGGAUCGCUUUGCUGUGGACGACACUUGUCAUACAAGCCAGGGUUCACCGGCCUUCCAGCCGCCUGAGAUUGCCAAUGGCCUGGACUCCUUCUCUGGCUUCAAAGUGGAUGUCUGGUCGUCGGGCGUCACUUUAUUCAACAUAACAACGGGCAAGUACCCAUUCGAGGGGGACAACAUCUACCGCCUGUUCGAGUGCAUUGGUCGGGGAAACUUCGAGCUGCCCUCUGACGUGGAGCCUACACUGGGCGACCUGCUGUGUGGGAUGCUGCGCAAGGACCCACAGGCACGCCUUAGCCUGCAACUGGUGCGGCGGCACGACUGGGUCCGCCGCAAGCCACCACGGCUUCUCGAGUACGUCAGCAUUCCCGACCGGACCAAUGGGAGCAACCCACUCCGGUCAAUGACAGUGAUCCCGUACUUGCCUCUGCUUCACGGACGGACGCCAGGUGCUGAGGGCGGAGGGGGUAGCCAGGGUGAAGAGGACGACGACGACUCGCAGGAGUACUUCACCGAGCACGACCUCCAGGAGCUGCGGCAGCGCACGGACGAGAGCUGUGGAGCCGGUGUGCCUCGGCGAGGUUUCCUGAGUCGAUCGCGUGUCUUCAGCGGCUGCCAGCCGUCCUGAAUGCUCACUUCCCCCCACGCACAAGUCCUGCUGGUGUUCUUUUCUUCCCACUGCCUUCGUUGUUUACACUAUGUUGCAGACAACGGUGACACCUGCGGCGCAUGGGCCCAGCUCUGACCCCUCCCCCCCCCUUCCCCUCCUCCACUCCCGGAAGGUAUCCCAUGGGGUAAAUGUGCAUCCCAUCUUGUAUCGACUAGACACUCUAGCAGCCGGACUGCGAAGGGAUCUAACGAUAGUAGCAGAGCAUUGAGAUAUUUGCCCAAUAAACCGGUUUCUUUUUCGUUGU